AUGGAAUCAAUCAAAAUUAAACCAAUCCAUCGUGAUUACAUAAUUCUAUAUCGUUUAAUUAUUAUUAUUUUAUAUACCAUUUCAUCAUAUUUGGGUUAUUUCUAUUUAUAUCCAAAUGAUGAAUCUAUGCAACUAUUACGAAUUAUUCAUCUAUGGAAAUACUUCACAUGUAUUACAAUGACCUUAAAUGCUGUAUACUUUAUCACUACAAUACCAUUACAAUACUUCAAUCAUGACAAUAUCCGAAGUUAUCAAUUCUUGGUUGUAUUCACGUUUAAUAUGACAAUGAUGCUUUACUACUGGGGUGCAUUUUUCUAUGAUCCCAAGAUCAUUAGUGACAUUGAAGAUUUAAUAAAUCUGCCAUUAUGGUACAAUCAUUUAUGUCAUAUAAUCCCCCCAAUUACUUUGAUCAUUGAUGCUUGGUUAUGUCAUCCAAAAAUAGUAUCAUUUUAUAAUACAUUGAAGAUUGUUGGUUUCAUUGGAAUCAUUUAUAAUCUAUAGUAAGUUCAUUUUGUUCAAUAUGUUCAUAUAGAAUGAUAGUUCUAUUGUAUAUGAUCUAUCUAUCUAUCUAAUGUACUAUUGAACUGGAUUAUAGUUAUGAAUGCAUUUAAACUUUACUCUAUUGUACAAGCUAAAGGCUAUCAGAACUCAGUAGCUGAAUGGAUAACUUGAUGGUGUUUGAAAAGAAAGUUUCUGGGUUCGAGUCUUGGAAUGAAUAUCAACUCUGAGAUGCAUGUACAUUCAACUGACGAGUUCGAAGUAGGACGAAACGCGUGUCAAAUUGGAUUUCAAUGUUAAUGACCAUCAAUUUUUGCUUAUAAUUACGAAUAUUACUGAAUAAAGCAACAAUUGAGCGGUAAUCGAAAAAUGCAGCAAAUCAAGAUAUUAUUAUUAUAGUAUAUUAUAUGUCCAAUAACUACGAGUCAAUAAGGUUACAUAUUUACAAGUGUUUGUCUAUCAAACGAUAAACGUCAAUUGAAUCACCAUACUGUAUUACUAUCUCUACUUUCCAAGCUUCACUGUUGAUAAUUUCUUUCUGUGUUGAGUAAUACACCAUGAUAGCUGCAUCAGUGAUGGUGUGGUAUGGGUCACUUAUAUCCAUAUAAGUAGUAUA